UUGUUUUUGUAUAAUUCCCGGUACGAUUUAAUUAUUUUAAUUUGCGUUAUACAUUUCCCUCGCUUUGUUGACAAAAUUUAAAAUACUUGACACUGGCCAAAUGCACGAAUGGUGCCGAGCCAAAAUUAAGAAGAAGAAGAAAAACAAAAAUGGAGGCAACCAUGAAACCUUAUGUUUGUAAAGUCUGUAAAAAAUGUUUUGUAUUUAAAGAGAACUUUAAAACGCACAUGAGAAUGCAUCCUUCUGAAAAACGUUAUGGUUGUGAAGUGUGCGAAAAACGCUUUACACGAAUUGCUGAUUUAAAAACACACAUUAGAAUACAUACUGCGGAAAAACCUUACAUUUGUGAAAUAUGUAGAAAAGGUUUUUCCCAAAUUAGUAGUUUAAAAUCUCAUAUAAGAAUACAUACUGGAGAAAAACCGUACAUUUGUGAAGUGUGUAGAAAAGGUUUUACCCAAAUUCAUCAUUUAAAAUCUCAUCUAAGAAUACACACUGGAGAAAAACCGUACAUUUGUGAAGUGUGUCAGAAGUGCUAUGCACGAAAUUAUAUUUUGGAAAUACACAAAAGAAGACAUACUGCAGAGAAACCUUAUGUUUGUGAAGUUUGUAAAAAACGUUAUGCACAAAAUAGUUCCUUAAGAGCACACAUGAGAGCUCAUACUGGAGAUAAUUCUCAUGUCUGUCAAGAUAAGAUAAAGAAUGAAAAGACUCAAAGAUGGCGACUGGAACUUGCUGCUUUCAAAUACGAUAUUAUAUACAGACCGGGGAAAGAGAACUAUGCCGCUGAUGCACUAUCCCGAAUCGCGGAACAGCAUUUCUUUCUGCUGAAGUACAGGAAUUUUUACAUGUUCGAGGUAUUGCCACUAGUAGAACUACAGCUUAUAACCCUCAAGAACCACUUCCGGAAACAGAAGACCAAAACUUGGAGAUUCCUUCAUCCAAUGAAACGGGACCUGUGUUUAAAAACAAAAAUGCAGGCAACUAUGAAACCUUAUGUUUGUAAAGUCUGUAAAAAAUGUUUUGUAUUUAAAGAGAACUUUAAAACGCACAUGAGAAUGCAUCCUUCUGAAAAACGUCAUGUUUGUGAAGUGUGCGAAAAACGCUUUUCACGAAUGGGUGAUUUAAAAACACACAUUAGAAUACAUACUGCGGAAAAACCAUACAUUUGUGAAGUAUGUAGAAAAGGUUUUGCUCAAAUUGGUCAUUUAAAAUCACAUCUAAGAAUACACACUGGAGAAGAACCUUAUGUUUGUGAUGUGUGUGAAAAAGGCUUUGCCCGAAAUGGUGAUUUAAAAGCACAUAUAAGAACACAUACUGGAGAGAAACCUUAUGUUUGUGAAGUCUGUGAAAAACGUUUUGCACAAAAUAGUUCCUUAAGAACACACAUGAGAGCUCAUACUGGAGAAAAUUCUCAUGUCUGUCAAGAGUGUAGUAAAGGCUUUGCACGCCUAUCUAAUUUGAUAAUUCAUAUGAGAAUACAUACUGGAGAGAAACCUUAUGCUUGUGAUGUGUGUGAAAAAUGCUUUUCACGAAUGGGUAAUUUAAAAAUCCACAUGGCAACACAUACGGCAGAGAAACCUUAUGUUUGUGAUAUGUGUAAAAAAUCUUUUGCACAGAUGAGUUAUUUAAAAAAACAUAUAAGUAAAACUGCACACUGCUGAAAAACUUUUUUUGUGAAGUGUAUAAAAAAUACUGCAAAAUUUCAUUGUUUAAAAAUACAGAUGAUAACACAAAGCAGAAAGAUAUUUCACAAUUUGUGAAUCACAAAUUUGUCCUAAGAACACAUGGUAAUGAAUACACACAGUCGACAAACCUUCUGCUUGUGAAGUAUGUACAAAAGGUUUUACACAUAUCAGUCAUUUAAAAACACAUAUAAAUAUACAUACUAGAGAAAAAGCCUUAUGCAUGGAAAAGGUCUUUCAAGGAUUGAUAAUUUUAAAUCACAUAUGAAAAUACAUAUUUGAGAAAAACAGUAUGCCUGUCUAAAGUGUAACAAAGUAUUUGCACAAAUUGAUAGUUUUAUAAUGUAUCUGAGGAUACAUACCAUAAAAUGCCUGAUCUUUGAAAGAGUGUCUAGGUUAUUAUGUUUUCCUUUGACAUAAAUACAGAAUGUCGUAUACGACUUGUAAAGAAGAAAUGCUGAAGCAGUAAUGCGUUUCGGUUUGAAGGGCAGGGCAGCCUUUGUAACUAUACUGAGACCUUACAACUUAUGUCUCAAGGUGGGUGGCGCAUUUACGUUGUAGAUGUCUGGACGCCAGUAACCUCUUAACACCAGAUGGCCUGUAAGCUCGUCCACCCAUCUAACCAAUAAAAAAUAAAUAAAAAAUUGUUUUAAAGAGAUUUGUGUUUGUAUAGUUUUUACUGCUUACAUGUUUUAUAUUCUUUGAUUUAUCUCAAUAAUUUGUAAAAAUAAAAAAAUCUUUUAUUAAUUUACACUUCUCUACAUAAAUAAUGAUAAAAAUAU